CUGUACGGUUCUGCGUCCGGUGAAGACAAAUUCAAGAUAAAAGACUUCUGUCAAAGACAUGAGCGCCUAAAACACAUGUCUAGUUUAAUCAAAUCAUUCUGAUUCUGAAUGUACAAUAGAGAUUAUGUGGACUCCCGAUGAGGUAGCCAGUCUGUGUUACGAUCACUUUAAUAAACUGCCUAAAAGAGGGAAACCAGAAGUGGGUAGAGAGUGGACUCUACUAGCAGCUGUGCUUCAACUGACUCACAGUCCAGAAAACAAGUCAGUUCACAAACAGAUUGUGUCUCUGGGGACGGGCACCAAAUGCAUUGGCAAAUCUGUCAUGAGUGUAAAAGGUGAUAUUCUGAACGACAGUCAUGCUGAAGUUAUUGCACGCAGAGGCUGCGUCAGAUAUCUGACAGAUCAGCUGUACAAGGCUGUAAGUGGACAGAGUUCUGCGGUUUUCUGUCCAGGUACUGAGAAAGGACGAUGGAUGGUCAAACCUGACGUUUCUUUCAUUUUUUUCACCAGUCAAACACCAUGUGGCGAUGCCUCCAUAUUUCCUAUGAACUUCAGCCAAGCGCAGCCUUGUAAGUCAGUAAAGGAGACGCAGCAUGACGAGCAAGAAAGACGAGGUCUGAAACGCCCGGCCGAGAGCGACCUGGAGGAGCGUCCAAGAAUAAAGGCAAGAGAUGGACGUCUGGUUGAACAAAAAGUUAACAAAGCAAGCAGUAAAUCAAAUGAAAUUUCGAAGGAUGACCUCCACCGCACCGGGGCCAAGUGUGUCCCAGAAGGCCCGACCGAUCCUCUCCAACCCGGGUUACUCUACCACAAUGUUGGGUUGUUGCGUCUAAAACCGGGCCGGGGUGAUAGCACGCUUUCUCUCUCCUGCAGUGAUAAAAUCGCCCGCUGGGGUGUUUUAGGCUUUCAGGGUGCACUGCUGUCUCAUUACCUGCAAAAGCCGAUUUAUUUCAGUGCUGUGGUUGUUGGGAAGUGUCCAUACAGUCAUGAAGCCAUGGAGAGAGCCUUAAACACACGAUGUGCCCAUGUGACCGAUCUUCCACCCGGUUUCUCCGUCCGUCCUCCGGAGCUCCUACAGUCUGAUCUGGAGUUUACAUAUAACCACACACACACCGAAUCCAAACACACAAAUACACAGGGCAAGAUAUCCCCCUGCGGGGCAGCUAUCAGCUGGUGUGCCGUAUCCCAUCAGCCUCUAGAUGUCACUGCCAAUGGCUAUAAACAAGGAGUGACUAAAAAAGUUUUGGGAACACCACAAGCCAGAUCUUUGAUCAGUAAAGUGGAACUUUUUCAUUCAUUCCUCAAACUGGUGGCAGUAACUCCACAACUUCAAUGUCCAGAGUCACUCCGUGGAGAGAGCGAGUUAAGAACAUACUGGGACUAUAAGCAGGCUGCAGGGCCGUACCAGCAGGCCUGGACACAGCUGCAGCUGCAGGCUUUCCCGCUGUGGUGUCGCAGCCCCAGAGAUCUUCUGCUCUUUCAUUAACACGCACAACAUUUCACCCACAACCCAACUGUUGUGUCCGGCAUUACUAUAGUGUGAAAAUACCAAGUUUUAUUUAUUGAUAUUAGUAAAGAACGUGCUUUUCCGUGACGCAUUUACUAUUUUUCCAUAUAUGUAUAAUACAAUUUUACAUGAAUUAUCUAUUAUGUAGUAUAACAGUGACUUUGACAAAAUGUCAAAUAAAAAGACAUCUGUUUUA